UCAGCUGUUCAACAGUGUUUGCUAACCAUCACCAGAGAGCAAAGUGAAAACAAAAAAGAACGAAAACAAAAACAAAGCGCAACUCCGCUGCGCAGUCUGCAUUUGCUGAUGCAUUUUCCGUGUAUUUUGCGAGUCACGAAAUGAUUAGACGACCAGGCAACGCCAACGAGAUCGCAACAGCAACAACUACGCAACAGACGUUGCAAAAGGGGCCACGACAUUAAUUCUUGCCGAUACUGAACAAUAUGGCUAUCGGCUGCUUCGAUUGCUGCAGUCGCACAGGCUACGACAGCAUUGGCAAUACAGGUCCGCGCUUUGGUGUGCGUCAUCUACAAUGCGUGCUGGUCUUCUUUGGCCUGGCUGUUGCGUAUGGAAUGCGGGUUAAUCUCUCGGUUGCCAUUGUGGCCAUGACCGAUUGCAAUGCCACCAAUCCCAAUUUCCCCGAGUUUGACUGGAACGAGAGCACCAAGUCGUAUCUGCUGAGCAGCUUCUUCUGGGGCUAUGUGGUCACCCAGGUGCCAGGCGGUUAUCUGUCGGCAAUCUUUGGCGCCAAGUACAUGCUACUCGUUGGCGUCUUCAUCUGCUCCUGUCUGGCCUUGCUGACGCCGUUCUGCGCUUUGUUCGGCGGCUGGAAGCUGCUGGUGGUGCUCCGUGCCGCUCAAGGUCUUUGCCAGGGCGUCAUCUUUCCAUCCACACACACAUUCCUCUCGAAAUGGGCACCUGCCGAGGAGCGUGGCCGUCUCGUUGGCUACUGCUAUUCGGGCUCACAGUUUGGCACAGUCGUCAUGCUGUCGGUUAGCGGUUAUAUUGCCUCCUCGCCGCUGGGCUGGCCCAGCAUAUUCUACUUCUCCGGUUGUGCGGGCAUUCUGUGGUCCAUUAUAUGGUUUUUCCUAUGCGCCAGCACACCAGCGCAGCAUGCCACGAUUACGCCCAACGAGCGUCGCUAUAUUGAGACAUCGGGACAAUUGCGACGCGCUUCCGAUGCGGGUCGCGAGGAGUUUCAGCCACGCCCCAAUUUGCGAACGCCUUGGCUGCGCAUACUGACUUCGCUACCAUUCCUGUCCCUGUUGCUGGCACAUUGUGCCAACAACUGGGGUUUCUGGACGCUGCUCACACAGAUUCCCACAUUCCUAAAGAACGUGCUCGGUAUGGACAUAAAGCACAAUGGUCCGCUGUCGGCGCUGCCCUACUUCGCCAUGAUAAUCCUCACGUGCGGCUUUAUCUGGCUGUCGGAUCUGCUCAAGAGACGUGGCUCCGCUAUGUCCUUAAGCUUCUCCAGAAAGCUAUUCAACUCGCUAGGCCUAUGGCUACCAAUGCUGGCCCUAAUUGGUCUGGGCUUUAUUACCAAAGGCGAGGCUAGUGCUAAACUAGUAAUUGGAUUGCUCACAUUGGCAGUGGCCACGAAUGCUGCCAGUUAUUUGGGCUUCCAUGUCAAUCACAUGGAUCUGUCACCCAAUUUCGCUGGCACGCUGAUGGGCAUAACGAAUUGCGCUGCGAAUGUGAUGAGCAUAUUGGCGCCACUGAUUGUGGGAUUGCUUGUAAAGGAUGAGACAAACCCAACCCAAUGGCGAAUUGUGUUUUACUUCACCGCCUUUGUCUACUUCAUUGGCAAUCUGGUGUUCAUCAUCUUUGGUCGCACCAGUGUCCAAUCGUGGAACAGCCCAGUCAGCGCACAACAGAGUCGAACUCCACAAGCUGACGCAAAUGAGGAUGAGGAACGGGCGCGCCUUAUUGAUUCCUAGAACGAAGCCUCGAAUUUUAUAUUGUUGGCGUGGGAGUCUGAUAAUGAAACUGAUGUACCUAACGUACGGUAUUAGAAGGAAUUGAUUGUCGCUAAUGUACAAGCUUAUACAGAUAUAUUAUAUUAUAUGUAAAUUAUAUAAUUGAUUUAAUUACUGCAUAACACUAUUGAUAGUUAUACAACACAUUAUACACAAAUAUUUACGUAAUAAUAUGACUAUGCAACAA